AUGAAGAUACCUCAUUCUGUCCCCGAGGGCCGAGCGAAUUUAUUGCCUCGCAUUGACAAGAAAACUUUCCUGGAGCUCAUGGAUGGAAAGUUUGAGGACCAGUUUGACCAUGUCCUGGUUAUUGACUGCCGUUUCAAAUACGAGUAUGCGGGCGGCCACAUCGACCGCGUCGUUAACUACGACGAUAAGGAGAAUCUUGUCGAGGAACUUUUCAAAGCCCCAAAGAGCCGCACCGCCCUAGUUCUGCACUGUAAACACUCUACCUACCGCGCUCCGAUCAUGGCCAGGUAUCUCCGUCAUCAGGACCGCGCCAUCAAUGUGGACACCUACCCCAAUCUGACGUAUCCUGAUAUGUACAUUCUGAAUGAAUUACGUCGAAAUGGCGACAAAGAGCACAAGAUCGCCUGCGAGCGUGGACUAGACAAGAUCAAGCAGCGCUCUAAGCUAAAACGUGCCCAGACCUUCACCUUUAGGAAACAUCAUUCUCCCGUGAAGGAGAAUGGGAUUACUGAGUGCCUCCGUUUCGGUGAAAACGACCACAAUUAUUUCCUCGACUUCGCCUCCUUCUCAGAAAGCCCAGUUCCUCAUCAGGCUCCUGGCAGCCGGAAGUGUUCCUUCUGA